AUGAAGGUCAUUAGUGCUGAGAGAUACAAAGAUCCUGAGUAUAAGAAAAAAUUUCUAGAUUCUUGUAGAAUGAAAUACAGCGGUGACAAGAAAGUAAGGGAGGAAAGAAAAAACAAGGUGACAGAGAAAAGACGUGAAUCUAUUCUUAAACUUCAACAUGCGUCUGAAGUAAUAGAAUUGUUCAAGCAGAAAUCAAGUUAUAGUCCAGAGUAUGUUUGUUGUUGUUGUCAGCGCACAUUAUUCGUAAAUCAAGUUCACAAUUUUGAUUGCAAUUUAUAUGAAAGUAGAGAAUGCGCAAAAGAAUUAGCUUCAAUAUCAGUACAGAAGGAUUAUUUACACGAUUGUAAUGUAAAUUGUCCGCAGAAUUGCACAAGAUCAUCCCUUUGGAUUUGUAAAACUUGUCAUCGUAAGAUACUAUCAGGGAAAAUUCCUGCGGAGGCAGCAGUUAAUAAAAUGAAAGUUCAAACUGUACCUGCGGAACUGAAUGAUCUGAACAGCCUUGAAAAACAGCUUGUUUCUUUACAUAUUCCAUUCAUGAAGGUAAUGAAUCUACCACAGGGAAGACAGAAAAAUAUUCAUGGACCAGUCGUUUGUGUACCUGCAGAUAUUAAUAAAGCAACAAGCUUACCUCGAACAGCAGAUGAAACUAUGCUAUUAAGGGUGAAAUUAAAAAGGAAACUCUCCUACAAAGGAUAUCAAGAAUAUCAAUUUGUGAAUCCCCAUCAAGUUGUUAAAGCUUUGAACUUUCUAAUAGAGAAUAAUGACUGGUACAAAGAUGUAAAAUUGAACAUGAACUGGGAAAAGACGGUCAGUGAUGAAUGCAUGAUAGAAGAGGCCACAUCAUUGGAAACAACUGAAAAUAUUGAGACAGAAGUUGAAGAUGUGCAAUCUCAGACAACUUCAAUAGCUUUAGACACAUGUUUACAGCCAGUUGAUGUAGUUCAAGAAGUUUUGGAUCAUUAUUUUGAUGAUGUAUUUAAUAUAGCUCCAGGGGAAGGUAAAAAUCCAGUAAAAAUGCUACAAGAGGAAGGCAAUGAAGCAAAAACAUUUCCUUGUCUAUUUCCUAAUGGAAAAAAUACCUUGAAUGAGAACAGGGAUAUCAAAAUCACACUGAGUAGGUACUUCCACAACAGAUCGAUGAAUGCUGACAACAGAUUUGCAAUGGAUUCAAAUUAUUUAUUCUUCUCUCAGUACAUGUCGGAACUUAAUCAAGUAAUAGAGAAAACACAAAUAUCUGUAAGGAAAUCUUCUUCUAAGACAUCCUCGGGACAAAAAGUAACUCCAGAAAUGUUGCAAGAUGUUGAAAAGUUGGCAUCAUUAUUCAGAAGUGAUGAAGCAUUGCGAUUUAUGCAGCCUAUACGGGGUACUCCAUCAUACUGGCAAGCAGCGCAGAAGGAUCUUUUUGCAAUGUUGCGACAAAUAGGUAUCCCUACAUGGUUCUGUUCUUUCUCUGCUGCAGAGUUUAGAUGGAAUGCAACAGUUGAAGCUAUUUUGCGCCAACAAUGUGAUGACAGAAGAGCAGAAGAUCUUGACUGGACAGAGAAAAGUGAUGUAUUGAGAAGUAACCCUGUGACAGUUGGUAGAAUGUUUGAACACAGAUUUCAUGUCUUUUUAAGGGAUGUCAUAAUGUCUCCAUCAGCACCUAUAGGAAAAGUUGUCGAUUACUUUCAAAGAGUAGAAUUUCAGCAAAGGGGUUCCCCUCAUAUGCACUGCUUGUUUUGGAUAGAAGGAGCACCUAAGCUUGAGCAAGACGGAGAAAAAGCUGUUUGUGAUUUUAUUGACAAGUAUGUCACAUGUAAAAUACCAUCUGAGGAUGAAGAUGCAGAAUUGCGAAAAAUUGUUUUAGAAGUACAACAACAUAGCAAAAAGCAUUCUCAAUCUUGCAGGAAAAAAGGCACCGAAUGUCGUUUCAAUUUUCCAAGGCCGCCGUCAGGAAAAACUUUCAUAACCAAGACUAGAGACAAUCAAAUGGAGACAGAAGACAAAAGUGUUGAAAACGUGUCACUGCACAGAAAUGAUGCAAAAGAAAUCAUGCAAAAAGUAUGGGAGAAAGUCCAAGAUUCAUCAACAGAUACUACAAACGACGCAUUUAUGGAACUGGGAUUGUCUCAGGAAAUAUUUGAAGAAGCAUACAAUACAGUCACUUCAAAGCAAACUAUUAUAUUACAAAGAGAACCUUCUGAAAUGUGGACAAAUCAGUACAACCCAUGUCUUUUAAAAUGCUGGGAUGCUAAUUUAGACAUUCAGUAUGUCCUAGACCCUUUCAGUUGCAUUGUUUAUAUUAUUUCGUAUAUAUCAAAAUCAGAACGAGAAAUGGGCAUGCUGCUGAAACAAACAAAGAUUGAAGCCGAGGAAGGCAACUUAAGUGCACGACAAACAAUGAAAAAAAUACGAUCUGCUUACUUGCAUCAUAGAGAAGUGAGUGCACAAGAAGCAGUCUAUCGUGUUUGCAAUUUGAAAAUGAAAGAAUGUUCACGAAAAGUAACAUUUAUUCCUGUUGGUGAAAAUCCUACAAGAUUAAGCAAACCUUUGCAUCAAAUGAAAAGAAACAAAACAAGAGGUGACGAUAAUGAAGAAGACGAUGAUGAUAUUUGGAUGACUAAUAUUGUAGAAAGAUAUGAAAACCGCCCUCAAAACAAAGAGUUUGAUGAUAUGUGCCUUGCGACAUUUUGUGCUGAUUACAGGGUACUUGCAAAAUCUCAGGUUCCAUCAAGCAGUAGAGAUGGAGUUUUUGAAUUACAGAAUGGGAAAGGUUUUAUACAAAAGAGAACGAGAACAAAUUCUGCUAUUGUUAGGUAUCCAAGAUUCAACAAAGAAAAAAUGCCUGAAAAGUUUUACCAAUCUAUCCUUCAGCUUUUCUUACCAUAUUGGAAACAAGAAUUCCUCAAACCACCUGGAUAUGACUUGUAUCAAACUUUUUAUGAUACUGGGCAUGUGCGAAUGAAAUAUACAAGAACACUACAACGAGUAAGAGACAUCGUGGAAGGAAACCGCCAGAUCUACUGCAAGAAUGAAGAAGUACUAAAUCAAGCACAAGAAACAUACGAUGCUAUUGGAGAUCCAGAAGAUGCAUGGUCAUUACUUUGCCCCGAGUCAGAAGAAAAUAGAAGGACCUGUAUGUCCAAAAAAUCACAAAUUCAGGACGAACAAAUGCAAGAAGAGAAUGUUCCAGACUUGCAAGAUACUGUACAUAAUGCAGACGUUUUGUAUAAAAUCCAAUCAACUGCUCAAUCACGCCAGAAUAUGUUGCCAUUGCUUCGCACUUUAAAUACAACCCAAAGAGAAAUAUUUUAUUUUGUUAGGGAAUGGAGUCUUAAAAAGUGCAAUGGCGAAAAUCCAGAGCCUUUUCAUGUUUUUAUCACUGGAGGAGCUGGAACAGGGAAAAGCCACGUAAUAAAAACAAUUGAAUAUGAGGCAUGUAGAGUAUUCUCACGAAUGCAGAAAAAUCCAGAAAGUAUUCCAAUUCUAUUAACAGCUCUUACUGGAACUGCUGCCUUUAACAUAGGUGGAUCGACUAUACAUCAUGCUUUUGCUCUAACAAAGUACCUACCAGUACCCUACGAACCCUUACAAGAACAACGUUUAAGUCCGAUAAGAUCCAAGUUAGAGGAUUUGCAGAUUUUAGUCAUUGACGAAAUUUCAAUGGUUUACAAGCGUUUACUUUACUACGUUCAUGAGCGUUUAGUACAAAUCAAGAAAUCCAAACUCCCAUUUGGUGGUGUCUCAAUAAUUGCUGUCGGAGAUUUCUUUCAAUUACCACCAGUAAAACAGAGGAAAAAUGAACGACUGUACAACGAGUGUGCUACAUAUCCUGUUGAUUACUGGAAGGAAUUGUUCAAAGUUGUUGAGCUAAAUGAAAUAAUGCGACAACGUGAAGAUGCAGACUUUGCCGAGGUGUUAAAUGUUUUACGAGUAAGAACAAACAAAGAACACUUUGAAUCUCACGUAGAAGAGACGUUAAAAAAAUGUGUUAAUGAGGGACCAGAUUAUGCAUUACGCGUAUAUGCUACAAAUGAAGAAGUAAAUGACCACAAUCUUUCAAUGCUAAAAACGAAUUGUCAAGACCUUGUGGAGAUUAAAGCAAAGGACUAUCAAAAGGAUAAGACAUCAGGAAAAUUAUCUUUACGAGAGAAUCCACUAUGCAAAAGGAGAUCUGAGGGACUUCCAUCGUCUAUUAUAUUGGCUGUAAACGCUCGAGUCAUGCUCACUCGAAAUAUUGAUGUUGAGGACGGUCUUGUAAAUGGUGUUAUGGGAGUCGUCUCUGAAAUAUAUUUCUCAAAUAAAACAUUGCGAAGUGACGUCAGUAAAAUUGGGGUUAUUUUCGAUAACAACAAUGUUGGAAAAAAGCGGGGCAAAACACUUGCCUUUGGUCGUGUGUUGGUCAGUAUAGAGAGAAUUGAUGAAGAAAUAAAUGAGAAACAUGCUAAAAAUGUGGUAAGACACCAAUUUCCCUUACAGUUAUCAUGGGCUUGUACAGCCCAUAAAGUGCAAGGUAUGACGACAAGCCAAAUUGUAGUGAACUUGGACAGAAUGUUUUUUCCUGGACAAGCGUACGUGGCUCUGAGUCGGGUUACUACAAAAACUGGAUUGCAUAUCGAGACAUCACAAGAGAAUAUUUCUGAUAUCUUCUUUAAGAAAAUAUACGCCGACCCUGACGUGAAACAUGCAAUAUCUGAUAUGCCAAGGCUUUUCCAAUCUAAGACAGACCUUGAUGAAUCUGAUUGCAAAACUAUUAUUCUGCACAACAUUCAAAGCUUGCCGGCACAUUUUGAGGAGAUGCAGGCAGACAGAAGAUUUCUAAAUGCAGGCGUGAUCUGCUUGACCGAAACCUGGUUGCAAGAAAAAUCAUCUGAUCAAUUCUCGAUGCAAGACUUUGACUUUGUUCAUGCAAUUCGAAAGGAUUCCUAUGAAGAAUCUUCUGAACUUUUGACAAAGAUAAAAAAUUCAAGAGGAGGAGGAGUUGGUAUGUUUAUCCAAAAGGAUGAAGAGGCUGGACAGAUUGAUGAUUCUGUUAGAAACAUUGAAGUUGUUGGAACUGUUUUGAAGGGAAACAUAGCAGUAUUUACUGUAUAUAGGCCUGCUUCUCUUGCCAAAGAUCUUUUCUUGUCAUCUUUUGUAAAGCUUACAGACAAGAUUACACGCAAUUACGAAAACAUCUUAAUUUUGGGGGACUUCAAUGAAGAUGCAUCUGAUCAAGGACCAAUUCAAGAUUUCAUGAGAGAACGUGGAUUCCAACAAUUGGUUACUUUUCCAACCACAGAAGGACGAACAAUCAUUGACCAUGUCACUGCAUGA